AUGGGCAUAUUCCAAGGUAAGAAGCUGCGAGAGGAGUUCUCCAUUGCACCGCCUAUCAUCGCCAAAGCGGCGUGUGCUCUGUUCAAUUUGCAUACUAUGGGCUGUGAGAAGGCCGUUUUUGCCAGUGUUGAGUCGGGUCGCUCGUGGCCUUUCACAGAUGCCGAGAAUGAGCCUAGCUCCAAUCCGUUGACUAUUGAUGGUCCCACAAUGAACGAGACCAUUAAUCGUAUCCGGGUUGUUCCUGGCGAGACGGUGCGUCAGUUCUUGGACCGUCUACAGGAGGACCAGCUUUUGAUUGAAAUGUAUUCGCACGCACCUGUGGCAUCUAUUAUUGAACGUCUCGCCGUGUCGGAUAUCAUCGUGGAUGGCGAAGGAAAAGGCCAGCUCAGCGAUGGUUCAGCCGAUGCUAAGACUUUCUCCGAUUGUCUUCCACGUCAGAUCUUUGACUGGCUUCCUCCCGUGCGGCCAAUUGAACAGGAAGGAAGCUUCGAGCCCCGCAUGCGAGCGCUCGAGAUUCUUAGUCGUACUGACCUUGGGAUUGUGUGGUUUCCCUCUUUGAUUGAUGACAAGGUCCUGCUACUUGACGCAACCUGGGACGAUGCCCAACUUCGAUCUAGUGAGGUUCAUGAAGCGAUGUCGAAAUUCAUAUACGCUAUUGUGUGGUUGUCAGAGCCAUCGAACCUGGACCGGCCUGUUAUGGAGUGCGAGUUUGAUAUUUCUGGAUAUGAAAUUACUGAUCUUGGACCAUGGGAGAAUUAUCAUCGAUAG